AAGGGGACUAAAUCCGAAAAGCAAUGUGUACACUGUCGAGAAGAACAAAAACUACUGUUACCAAAUUGUGAGAAGAAGAAUGUAAUCCCAUAACGAGGUUUAUAUUGGAGAAAAUUUUCUUGUCAAGGAUUCGUGAAAGUGAUAAUGGGAUCAAUGCAUAACAAGAACUGAGGAUGGAAAUAUCGGGAAUUUCCGAAUGUGCCAAAUGUGGUAAUACCUCAGCGCGGAAAAGAUGGACAGCUAUCGUGCUGGUACUGCUACAGUUCCUAGUGACCUAUGCCCAGGGCCAAGGGCCUGGGACAAACUUUUCGGUAUACGAGGGGCGCCCUCCUGGGACCCGGGUUGGAUUUUUGUCUGUUCAGUCCUCAUAUUCAUACACCUUCAAUGAACCACAGCCAUACUUUUCACUGAAUCCCACGACUGGUGAAAUAUCCACCAGAGCUGAGAUAGAUAGAGAACUGUUGUCAUCAGAUCGACUCAAUAUUCUUGUGAUAAGUCGACCUCCCGGAGACACUUCACAAAUUCCUAUUGAUAUCUAUAUAACGGUGCUAGACAUAAAUGACAAUUCUCCCUCUUUUCCCCUAAGUCCAGUUCACAGGGACAUUUCAGAAAAAGCCAACAUUGGAUAUAGCAUUAGACUAGAUACAGCCACGGACAAAGACAUAAACAAAAAUGGAAAUGUUACAAAUUAUCAAAUUGUAGCUCGAAAUGAUGAUAACAAAUUUAGAACAGUUUUUGAUCCUUCAAAAUUUGGACAAGUUUUAUAUUUGGAGCUUACUAGUGGACUGGAUAGAGAAGAAAAAGAUUCUUAUGAAAUAACCAUCAGAGCAAAUGAUCAGGGGGACAUGCCGUUAUAUGGUGAUUUAAUUGUGAAAAUUCAAGUUACAGACACCAAUGAUAAUCCACCUAUUUUUUCAAUGAGUCAGUAUACAGCUACCGUGAAUGAAAGUUCUCCGAUAGAUACUCUUGUGAUUCGAGUAGAUGCAACUGAUGAUGAUAUUGGCGAUAAUGGAAAUAUAUUCUAUACACUGACCGAUGAAUCGCUACAAUUUAAGAUUGAUGAACGAACGGGAGAAAUUCGUACGACUCGUACUCCACUUCGCUGUAACACUGAUUGUGGAGGAUCACAGCCUUGUUCGUCCAGCGGAUGUAUCUUCCUUACGCUGGAGGCUCGAGAUGGUGGAAGUCCAGCAUUAAAUGGCCGAGCAUAUGUGACAGUCAGUAUCAAAGAUGAGAAUGACCAUGCACCAACCAUCAAUGUUAUCCAUGGGGGCUCAGUGAAAAAUUAUAUAUCCGUAAAUGAAACGGCUAAGAAUGGGGACUAUGUAGCAGCUAUAACAGUGAGUGAUGCGGAUACAGGAAUCUCAGCUAACAUAUCAUCUGUUAAAAUUAUCACUGGAAAUGAACUUAACCAUUUUCGACUUCAUUCAAGUUUCCAGUAUAAAUAUAAUGCAUUGUUCGUGAACGUGGACAGUUUAGAUAGAGAGAGGAUAGACAUGUAUAAUUUAACCAUACAAGCUGUGGAUAUGGGAUCCCCUCCUAAAACAGGAACCAAGAGUCUCAUCAUUGUUGUGGCCGAUGUGAACGAGUUUCCACCAACUUUCCCUCAGAGGCAGUAUGUAGCUAAUGUCCUGGAAACAUUGCCUGUUGGUAGCUUUGUUGCCAACCUGGUUGCAGAAGACAAAGAUUCUGGAAUUAAUGCCAAGUUAACCUACAAAAUUUUAUCUGGAAAUAAUUUUGGCUGGUUUGAAAUUAAUUCAAACACUGGACUUGUGAUACUAAGGAAAAAUCUAAAAUACAAUCUGGCCUCAGAGGUUGUGAUGAACAUAUCAGCACAAGAUAGAGCAAGUGUCCCCCUGACAAGCUACACCAAACUGACAGUCAGAAUCAGUGAUGAAAAUGAUGUAACACCAACAUUUGAUGAAUCCUCCUACCAAGUUCACCUGCCUGAGGAACAACAGUUAGGAACAGUUGUGAUAAGUCUGACAGCAGUAGACACCGAUUCUGGACCAAAUGGAACAGUGGUAUAUAGCUUCCAUCCAGAAGUCCAGGAGCUGUAUCCAGAUACAUUUAAUGUGAACCCCCAGAGUGGAAGGGUCAUCACUCUUACAAAACUGGACAGGGAAACAGUCAGUCAGUAUGUUUUAAGAGUAAUUGCUACAGACCAGUCUGUUCUGCCUUUGUCCUCUACAGCUACUAUCUACCUCACAGUGGAUGAUGUAAACGAUAAUGUGCCUGUGUUUUAUCCACAAAAGUACUUUGCUAAUGUAUUGAAAUCAACUCCCUCUGGCUCCAAAGUUGUGAAAGUGAAUGCCGUAGAUCCAGACCAAGGAGAGGGUGGCAGGAUAUUUUACUCUUUUCCAAACGAUUAUCCAGAGUUUGUGCUGGAUACUAACACCGGGUGGAUAAGUACUACAUAUGAAUUUGAGAGAUCAUCUCAGCAGGAAUACACCUUAAAAGUCACCUGCAGAGACACAAAUACUGUGCACAGGGCAGCUGUUAAUGCCAAUGUCAAAAUAACCGUGGUCACUUCUCUUACCUCUCUGCCUGUGUUUAGCAAGGAUAAUUACCAGUUUUCGGUUACGGAAAAUCUCGGUGCAAACCAGAAUCUGGGAACUGUAUCAUUGUCUAGUGGAGCUUCUUCAUCCUAUGCUAUCACUGAUGGCGAUUAUGAAGGAAAUUUCAACAUAAGUCAACAAGGAGAAAUCAGUACGACCAGAUUGCUCGAUCGUGAAUAUAAAUCCAGUUAUGAACUUACUGUCACUGCCACAGGUCAAGGUGGUUCAGCUGAUGUCAAGGUCACUGUUACAGUACAGGAUAAGAAUGAUAACAAACCAAAGUUUAAGUAUAAUUCAGUUAAUGUUGAACUUAAAGAAAACAGUGCUGUGGGCCAUGAAGUUUAUUAUGCUUUUGCUGAAGAUCAGGAUUCUGGCUCUAAUGGCUUGGUGACUUACACAUUGACAACAAACUCCAACCUAUUCAGAGUUAAUCCAAACUCGGGGAUGAUAACUCUGACACGACCUUACCAGAAAGUCUAUGGUACACAAUUUGAUAUGUCAGUCACCGCUUCUGAUUCAGGUUCUCCUUCUAGUAGCGCCUCCAUGAAUGUUGCAGUUCAUGUUACAGACGUCAACGAUCACAACCCAGUGUUUCCCAAAACAGACUAUGCCAUCACCCUGGAGGAAUCUACUCUGGUCAACACCCAGUUCCAUACCCUGACUGCCACAGAUGCUGAUAAAGGUAGAAAUGCUUAUCUUGUAUACAACAUAACUAGAGGAAAUGAUGAUGGGAAGUUUGGAAUUUUUCCUGAUGGAAAGCUGUACAUUGCUAAGCCACUGGAUAGAGAAAUCAGGGAUCUGUAUAAAUUAACAGUCAUGGCUCAGGACCAUGGCAUUCCUCCAAGGAGUUCUGAAGUUAAUGUUACCGUUCAUAUUUUGGACAGUAAUGACAACAGGCCCAGAUUCCUCAACCAGACUUAUUCCUUUUAUGUGUCAGAAAAUGUUCCUCCUGGAGAGAAGAUUGGGGCUGUUAAAGCUUUGGAUGCUGACAUAGGAAGAAAUGCAGAGCUGGCUUUUCUACUGUCAGAGGACCAGGACAAUUUUACCAUUGAUUUCCAGACUGGAGAGAUCACAACUCUGAGGACUUAUGAUAGGGAGGCUCUGAUCUCUGAGACGGGGAAGGAUUACUACAGUGUUGAGGUGACAGUAAUGGACAAUGGAGUCCAAAGACAGGAGGAUACCAUCACUGCCCAUAUUUAUAUACUGGACCAGAAUGACAACCCACCUCUUUUUGAUAGAGACAUCUACAGAACAUCAGUCAAGGAGAACCUGGCCAAGUACUCAUUUGUGUACAAAGUCACAGCCACUGACUUAGACAUAGAUGAGAAUGCAGCUUUAACCUACACCAUUAUUGAGGGAAACACUGAAGACAUGUUCAACAUAAAUCCAGGGACUGGACAGAUCUCCUUGAAUGGGAAUUUGGAUACAGAGACUCUAGAUCUGUACAGUUUGAAAAUACAGGCUGCAGACAAUGGAAAAUCCAAAACAUUCACAUCCUCGGCCACAGUCAUCAUCAACAUCCUGGAUGUUAAUGAUAACACCCCACUUUUCCAUCUCACCGUGUAUGAAGUCAACAUCCCAGAAGACACCAGACUUGGGGAGAAGUUGAUUCAGGUCACAGCAGACGAUACAGACCUCGGCAUCAAUGCUGAAAUAGAGUAUUCCUUGAGUGAUUCAAAUAACACGUUCAAAAUCGACAGUCAUAAUGGAAAUAUCUACCUCAACAAAUUGGUGGACUUUGAGACAAAGAGAUUAUACAGUGUCAAGGUCAUCGCUACAGAUAAAGGUGAUCCAAGGCUGUUUUCAGAGGCUGAUUUGAAUGUCCGGAUUGUAGAUGUGAAUGACAACUAUCCAGAGUUUCGCAACGACUUUAGCGUUUUGUCCAUUUCUGAAAACACACCACAGUUUGCUAGUAUUGGUCAGAUCUCGGCCAGUGAUAAAGACAGUGGAUUAAAUGGAAAGGUGGAGUACCUCCUUGUGAACCAGGAUCCCCCUGGAAAUAAUUUCAAAAUCAACAGAGAUGAUGGAAGACUACGUCUGGAGACUAAACUGGACAGAGAAAAAGUGGCCUUGUACAUGUUAACUGUUGUUGCCAGUGACUUGGCCCCCAAUGGCAGUCUACGUUUAACUUCAGAAAAAAUGUUUUCGAUUCAUGUACUGGAUGAAAAUGAUAAUGCCCCGAUUUUAAACAGUCCUCCAUCAAUAACUAUACAGUACCCCACAAGUACUGGUCACAUUGGAACCAUACAUGCUUCAGAUCCAGAUUACCUUAGCAAUGGCACUAUAGUGUUUCAGCUAAUGGGUGGUGUGGAAGUAACAAGAAAGUUUAGUUUGGAUAGUGCACUUGGGAAACUUUACCUGAAUGAAAAUUUGCCACAGAGUCCUACAAUGUACAAGCUGGUCAUUACUAUUUCAGAUGAAGGCCGUCCUGCUCAAACUACCACCAUUACUGUUACCGUUAUACUGAUUCAAAGCGUUAAUGUCCAAGCGGGUCCGAGGUUCAGCAAUACUCCGUACAGAUUUUCUGUCAGGGAGGGUGAGGAAGCCAAUGUGAAUUCUGUUCUAAGUUCGGAGGCUAGUGUGGAAUAUUAUAUUGUGAAAAUUAAAUCUGCUCUGUCAAGCAAUGGAUAUUACUUCACUUUGGACAAGACAUCAGGAAUGAUUAGGACCAAUGGAUUCCUUGAUCGGGAGGUGACGGGAAGCCAAGUGAACCUGACUGUCUGUGCCGUCAACACGCAGUCUGACUUUCCUCAGGCUUCCUUGGAAGAGGUGGUGAUUACAAUCAUUGACAUCAAUGACACCCCUCCCCUGUUUACCAACACCUCGUUUGUUAAGAGUGUGGGUGAGGACUUACCGGUGGGGUCAGAGAUCCUGCGCAUAACCGUCACUGACCCAGAUUCUACUACUGGGACACAGAGUCUGAAGAUUGUCAAAGGAAGCCAUGGAAACUACGCCCUGAACAGUCAGACAGGAGCAUUGACUGUCGCAAGAAGACUUGACCGAGAGGUUCGUUCCACAGACAGACUGACCAUUGAAUCCUCUGAUGGCACCAACACAGCUGUGGCCACGGUGAAAGUCCUCAUCACUGACACUAACGACAAUGCCCCAGUCUUCACCGAUGUCUUCUACUCUUUUGAUAUUCCCGAGGAUACCCCCAUAGAAACCACCGUGGCUUUGGUGGAGGCAGUGGACGCGGAUAAAGGACUGAACGGAGAGGUGGUGUACAGUCUGGUCUCCACCUGGGGGCAGUCCAUCUUCCACCUGGACCCACAGAUGGGAACCAUCAAACUCAUCAAAAGGGUGGACUUUGAACAGAAUCAUCUGUAUACUCUGACCAUCCUGGCUUCUGACAAGGGAAGUCCCAGUCAGUCUACUUCAGUACUAGUGUACCUAAACAUCAAAGAUGUCAAUGAUAAUGAACCACAGUUCAACCACCAGGCUUACAAUGGAGAAGUAUUGGAAAACGCUGCCAUUGGUACCAGUGUGCUCACAGUACAGGCCACGGACAUUGACUCAGGGAUUAACAGUAAGCUAGAGUACACCCUGCUGGAGGGAAAUUCAUCCUCGGACUUCAGCAUCGGGACAGAGAAUGGAACCAUAUACACUGUCCAAAGCCUGGACCGAGAGACUCAAUCUCAGUACACUCUCGUGGUCAUAGCAACUGAUCAGGCUGAGCCACCAAGUUCAAGGAAGAGUACAACAGCCGAGGUGAUCAUUACUGUGAGAGAUGUCAAUGAUAACGCUCCAGAGUUUAUGACACCACCCCAGAUCUGGGUAAAGGAGAAUGCCACCGUGGGGUCUGUUGUUUACACUGUGAGAGCGGUGGACAUUGAUGAGGGGGCUAAUGCCAAUGUGAUGUACAGUCUGGUGUCCCAUCCUGUCUUCCAAAUUUCUCCCUCCACUGGGGGAAUAACUUUACAGAGUCCACUAAAUAGGGAACUCAUCCAAAACUACACCCUCCAGGUGACCGCCACUGAUCAGGGGACAGAAUCGCAGUCCACCACCCAAAAACUUCAGAUCUUGGUUGAGGAUGUAAACGACAACCCUCCAGUGUUUAUUCCCUCAUCUUACAGACAUUCAGUCCAAGAGGAUGUUCAGAUUGGCACCACUUUACUCCGAGUGACUGCAACAGAUGCUGACGCUGGUUUGAAUGGUGUGGUCAGAUUCUUUAUCAUAAGGGGAGAUAACAAUGCAGACUUCAGUAUGGACCCUAGUAAUGGGGUUCUUAGAGUACAGAAAAAUCUGGACUAUGAGAGAGUGAGCAUGUACACUCUGACAGUGCAGGCUGAGGAUAUGGGUGUGAAUCCUCGCUAUUCUGUAGCCACAGUCACCAUUAAUGUAAAUGAUGUGAAUGACUUUCAGCCAGUUUUCCAGAAUUCUCCGUUUUAUGCCCUUGUUAGGGAGAACAUGGCGUCUUCUCCCCCUGUCCCUGUGAUUACGCUGUCUGCACUGGACCUGGACUCCUCCCCUAACAGUCAGCUGACUUACGCCCUACGGGAGGGAGAUAAAGGUGUGACCUCCAUCUUCCAGAUCAAUUCAACGUCAGGGGAGGUAACCUGUAGCCAGACUCUGGACCGAGAGCAGGUGCCCCAGUACAAAAUCCUAGUGGUGGCUAUUGAUUCUGGAAUAAACCGUUUGACAGGAACGGGGACGAUACAUGUCGAGGUAGAGGAUGUGAACGAUAAUACGCCGCUGUUUGACAGGAGCUCUGCAUAUGUAGGUCACGUCCAGGAGAAUCAGGACAGUCCAGCGGACAUACUGACCGUCACCGCCACGGACGAUGACAGCGGCGCCAACGCUCAGAUCAGCUACAGCCUGGUGGAUGACGUUGAUGGUAGAUUUAUCAUCAAUAUGACCAACGGUGUUCUGACUUCACAGAAACCUCUGGAUCGAGAAGAUACAGCCCUGUACCAUUUAACAGUGGUAGCAAAGGAUCAUGGGAACAUUGCCCGAUCUUCUAAUGCUAACAUCACUGUUUAUGUUGAUGAUAUUAAUGAUAAUGUCCCUUUGUUUGAGAAACAAACCUACAAUCGAACCCUGAAUAAUCCAACUUCUUCAGGUCAGUUUGUGGUGGGGGUUACAGCAGUAGACAGGGACGCGGGACUGAAUGGAAGAGUCACAUACCGUCUGCUGGGACCACAAAACUGUAAUAAAUUUAACCUGGACAGUCAGAGAGGGGUCAUCACUACAGCCAAUUUCAUUUCUGGGGCCGAGAACAAGUUCACCUGCACCAUAGAGGCCAGAGACCAGGGUACUCCCCAGAAGACAUCCACCACCACUCUUCAGGUGGAGGUUUCCUCAGUCGGUACCUCCAGUAUUCCACAGUUUGAUGCCAUCAGUAACCCACAACUACCAGAGGGCUCACCACUGGAUCAGGUGGUCGCCACCGUCAGGGCCAGGCCUGCGUCUGGCAGUGGGGUCAUCAAGUACAGCAUCGCCGGAGGGAACGUCGGCAACACUUUUCAUAUUGACGAGUCUCUUGGAACUAUUCGGGUCGCUGGAGAUGUGGAUUACGAAAUGACACCUGAUUUCCAUCUGUGGAUCCAGGCAACAGAAGGAUCUAAUCUGUUACUCUCUGCUUAUAAAGAAAUUGUUAUUACUGUUUCUGACCAGAAUGAUAAUGUCCCAAGAUUCCAGGAGGGUGUCUACAUCACCUCAAUUAGAGAGGAUGUUUCUGUAGGCACGAGUGUCUUUACUGUGAGUGCAUCUGAUGCAGACAGUGGUGACAAUGGAAGAAUAGUGUAUGUUCUAGCUGGAGGAAGUUUGGACAAUGUUCAGGACACUUUUGAAGUGAUUUCUUCUUCUGGAGAAAUUAAAACCAAAGUCGUUUUAGACAGAGAGACUCAAGAUUCAUAUAACCUUAUUGUAGAGGCGAGAGAUAUGGGAUCACCACCCAAGACUGGUACCACCACAGUGAGAGUAACACUGAUUGACGUCAAUGACAAUUCUCCAAAGUUCACCACCAUCUUCUCUGUGAACAUUCCGGAGGAUCUUCCUGUCAACAGCUUCGUCAUUCAGGUCACCUCCACGGACAGGGACAUUGGGGUCAACGCCAAGGCACACUACCGCAUAGACCCCACCGCCAGCGAGGCUGCCAUGUUCAGCAUCGACGCUGACUCUGGAAACAUUACACUGAAGUCUCAGAUUGACCGUGAAACCGUGUCCAGCCAGAGAAUAACCAUUCCACUGAUAGCAGAAGAUGGAUCCUUCUCCACCCGAGGAUAUUUACAUGUGUUUGUCACAGACGUCAAUGACAAUGCACCUCAGAUCAUGCCUCCAGUUACCUUCAAUUUCUUGGAGCUUCAGCCAAUAGGUUCAACAGUUGGUACAAUAACAGCAGAGGACAAAGAUGUGUCCAGUCCCAAUAAUCAGUUCUACUUCUCCUUCAAACUACCUUCCUCAGAGUUUGCAAUAGAUGACAAAACUGGAGUAAUCACCUCUAAAGAGGAACUGACCUACAUCUACCAUAAGAGCUUCUCUAACGCUCUGAACCAGAGGGAGCUGGUGGUCAUUGCUACAGACUUAGGCACCCCAGCAAAGUCCUCAGAAGCCAUAAUAACCAUAGAGAUCAUUGAUGCCAAUGACCAUGCUCCCAGUUUUGAACAAAACCUGUACUUCUCUGCUGUGCCUGAGAGUUCCACUGUUGGAGAGAGAAUACUGACUGUGGUGGCGAGGGAUUUACAGGACUUUGGUCAGAACGCUGAAGUGGAAUAUUUUAUUGAGAGUGGAAAUGGAUCCAGCUACUUCUUUGUCAACAAAACCACAGGUUUGAUCACCGUGGCUCAGCUCCUAAAUGGAAGAAGGAACCAGGAUUUCACUAUCGACAUUAGAGCAGAAGACAAGGGCUUGCCCCCCAAAUCCACCACAGUGCAAGUUCAGCUCUCAAUAACUGCAGACAACAGCUAUACCCCUGUGUUUAGUAUGACAGGCUUCUCCUACAGUAUUCGUGAAGAUGCCCCGAUUGGACAGAGUGUUGCACAGGUGACGGCCACAGAUCGAGAUGGUCCAGGUCCCAAUGGAAAAGUCUCGUAUUACAUCAUGGAUGGAAAUUCAGAGGGACUUUUUCAGAUCAACUCUGAGAAUGGAGUCAUUUCUGUUGCUCAGGCUCUAGAUUAUGAAACUUCAGAUAUUCAUUUAUUAAAUAUAUCAGCCCGGGACUCUGGACUGCAUUAUCGUGAAGCAACAGCCAUUCUAACUGUGCAGUUGAAUGAUGUCAAUGACAAUCCUCCAUUGUUCCCACAGACUCAUUUUGAUGGUUACGUUCCAGAGAACUCGCGCUCAGACACGAGCAUCAUUAAAGUUCAGGCCCACGAUAGGGAUAAAGGGGAGAACGCCAAAAUUGAGUACUACAUUAGUGAAUCUGGAAGUGAUCAGCUAGCUCUUACACUGUUUAAAAUUGACAAACAAACUGGAGUACUUAUGACCAAAGGAAAUUUAGAUUAUGAAACUCAAACCAAAUAUUCAAUGGUCGUUAUUGCUCGUAAUCCAAAUGAUGACAUGAUGAGAAGUUCUACCAUAGUAACUGUACAUGUGACCAGUGUGAAUGAAUUCUAUCCAGAAUUUGAGCAGAAGACUUAUGCCUUUUCUACCAAAGAAUCAGCUGCCAAUGGCAGUGUUAUUGGCAGUGUGAGAGCCACUGACCGUGACAAGGGAAUUGAUGGAAUUGUGUAUUACUAUCUGAUUGGAUCCAGUAAUGUUAAGGGAUUCAGUGUCAAUUAUAAAACAGGGGGUAUAUAUGUGUCUGGUAAACCGGACUAUGAGAGUUCCCCACAUGUCGUUCUGAAUGUCUUGGCCAAGAACUGGGAGAGUGUAAAGGGAAAUGACACAGAUACCUGUACCGUGACUAUUUCUGUGGAAGAUGCCAAUGAUGCACCUGUGUUUACACAAACUCUCUAUCUAGCCAGCGUAGCAGAGAACUCAGCAGGGGGAGUGAGUGUCACUACUGUAACAGCCAUAGACCGGGACAACUUGCCAGAGGACAGACUGUUCAGUUACAGAAUUCUCAGUGGAAAUGAGGCUGGGGAAUUCUCCAUUGAUGCCACCAGUGGCCGUAUCCACACCACGGGGAGAGGGAGCUUAGACAGGGAGACCACACCCACACACUCCCUGGUGGUGGGGGCUGUAGACAGAGGAACACCCCCCGCUACAGGAUCAGCAACAGUGAGAAUUACAUUGCUGGAUGAGAAUGAUAAUCCUCCGUACUUGUCUCCCUCUAACCUAACAGCAUAUGUCAGGGAGAACCUGCCUGCAGGAACCAGCGUGAUCAACGUAGCUGACUACACGUCUGAUCGGGACAUAGAUCUCGCAGGACAACCUGGAAACCAAGGCCCAUACACCUACAUCAUGUCUCCUGGUAGCCAUUACAACUUCUUCAGUGUCUCCUCAGAGGGACAGGUGUCCACUAAACAGACCCUAGACAGGGAGGCCCUACAGGGGAGUCAGUAUGAUGUCAUAAUGGUCGCCAGGGAUGUGGGAACACCCACUCAGUCUGCGACCUUUACAUUCAAGGUCAUAGUCCAGGAUGAGAAUGAUUCACCGCCACAGGCCAGAAAUAUGAGUGUCCAGGUCGGUGUUUUUGAGACCACUCUUCCCACUUCUCCUGUGGCAGAUGUUCGACCAUUGGAUGCUGACACCAUUGGUACUUACACAUGCACUGUGACAGAUGAGUUUUACACAAUUACCCAAGGAUCAGGAUGCAACUUAACUCUAAGGAACUUUCAUACACCACCGACUCGAACCUUAAAUGUUCAAGGGUCUGAUGGAAAUAUCAUGGUAUCAUACAGAGUCAUAUCAACACUGCUCUAUUUCGAUAAUGUGACUUUGGAUAACGUUGUCAUAAUUUAUGUUGAUGGAAUGGAAAAAUCUACGUUUGUGAAAGAUAAGUUAAAUGGUUUACAAAGUGCUAUUGUCCAGCUGUACAGCAGUGAUCACAGAGUAACAGUAUUAAAUGUGGACACCAAAGAUACAGGAACUUUAGUUUACGUCAGUGUGGCAGAGGCCUCAGGAAAAGUGGUUGUUUAUGACUUUCUGAAACAAAAGCUGAGCUCCAACAAACAAGACAUUGCAAGGGCCAUUUUUCAAAAUGUGGUAAAUCCAGAAAAUAGAAUUAGAAUUGGUUACUCUGUUUGUGAAUCCUCCUCAUGUAACUCUGGGACUUGUUUGAAUAGAAUUCUUGUUAGAUCUGGAAUGAACACAGUGGACUCCCCAGCGUUCGUUCUGUCCUCUCCAGUCAUGGUGCCAGAUUUCUACUGCAUCUGUCCCUCUCAGUAUACAGGCAGACACUGCGAGGUCCCCGUACAGCCCUGUGGAGGGGGCUUCUGUAGUAAUGGUGGAUUUUGUCAAAAUGGAGUCUGCCAGUGUGAGGAUGGAUGGACAGGACAGUACUGUGACCAGAAUAAAAAUGAAUGCUUGACCGAUCCAUGUCAGAACGAAGCCACAUGUGAGGACACACAGGGGUCCUAUACUUGUCUCUGUCCAGAUGGGUUCACUGGCAAGCACUGCGAAACAGGCUCCAACCACUGUGCCUCCUUCCCCUGCCAGAAUGACGGUCAGUGUAAGAAUGAGUUGAAUGGAUUCCUUUGCCAGUGUCCAUUUGAGUAUUGGGGUAACCAGUGUGAGUACACAUCAAAAGGGUUCUCAGAGCUGUCAUAUAUGGAGUUCAACUCUAUUGACCAAAACCAGAAAGACAUUGACCUUGAUGUGACCUUUUCAACCAUCAAAUCAAAAGGUCUUCUACUGUAUAACCCUAGCAAUACUGGAAAAUUCAUAGCUCUGGAGAUUUUUAAUAGAAAUGUGAGGUUUUCAUUCAAUUUCGGCGACACCAAAGCUACAGUUCUUACAGUACCAAAGGAUGUAACCACGGGGGAGUGGUUCAGGGUUCAAGUCCGCAGGCAGCUGAAGGAUGCUGAGAUGAGGGUGACCCACUGCCCCGGUACCAGCUCAGAAUGUGUCACUUGUCAGACCGGGGAUACCUCCUGUUACAGUAAAGGCAGCCAAACAAAUUACUAUCUGGACUUAGAUGGACACCCAAUGUACAUAGGUGGCCUCCGAGACAUUGAAACCAUCCAGAGUCGCCCAGGACAAAUCAGUUCUCAUGAUUUCGUUGGGUGUAUCAGAGAAUUCAAAAUUAACAAUGUAGACCACCUCACCCAACCUCCGACCCCGAACAGUCAGAAGAACAUCCUGAACAAGUGUCCACGUAACUCCGCGAGCGGUAACUGCCGAGCGGACAGCUGUAAGAAUGGGGGACAAUGUGUGGAGGAGUGGGAGGGGUUCUCCUGUCGCUGUGUCAAAGGUUAUGCAGGGGCCCACUGUGAAAUAGCACCUGGGCCAUUAGGAUUUGGAGCCAACUCUCGUAUAACUUUUGUUCAAAAGGAGUCCUUCAGAAGAGACCAGAUAAUUAACCAAUCAAAUUCAAGGAGGCGCCGGGCUCUUGACACAUCAUCAGUGAUGGUUAGAUAUCGUACCACUGGUUAUCCAGAACCUCUGCUAAUUCUUAAUACUUCUAAUGACCAGGGAGUCCUUUGGGUGGAUUCUGGGAAGUUGGUGUACACAUUUGGGUCCAGAUCAGUUGUUCUCAGUGAUGGAAGUGUACACAAUGGAGACUGGCACAAUGCUACUGUCUCAAUAAGUGGAGACCAAGUAACAUUGAGGUUGGAUGAGAAGGAAGACACACAGAAUCUGAAUGGUGUAGCUAAGUUCUCAGAUGUUAAUAUCACCAAAAUGGUGAUGGGUUCCAGUGAGUCAACCAUCAAUGUGGACAACAAAGAGUUCAAAGCUUUCUCAGGUUGCAUCUCUGUAUUUCAAAUGGAUGGAUCUUCAGUUCCGCUUAAUGGCUCUACAGAGCGCUUCAUCAUUACACCCACCGAGAGUGUCGAGUCGGGAUGCUCAGCUCUGUGUGCAGGAAAUCCAUGUGGAGGAGGAGAUUGUUCUGUCAAUUUGGAAACUCGUGUGUGUGCUCAAGUGAGUGAACCAAGUGACAGUCUCAGCAUUGGCAUCAUUGUGGUGAUUGUUUUCUUUGGAGUUCUGUUAAUCGUUAUCGCAAUUGUGUUUGUGUUAUUCCGUAUGCGCCGUCAGAAAAAAGAUCCCAAAAAUCAAACCAGAGCAAAUGAAAAUGGUCAUGUGAACAAAAGUUAUAAUAACAGCCCACCCAGUUAUCAGGAUUCUGGUUAUGGAGAGCAAGAUUUUAACAGACAAAAUAACCUCAAUACACCCUAUACUCCAAAUGGACUACACAGGCCUGAUCUAAUCAACUCUGAUCCAACUCAACGAAGACCAUAUGAAAUAGAUGAUGGCACCGUAAUUAUUGACAAUGGAGAUGUAAACAUGAACCAGCUCACUGACAUGCCAGAACAUUAUGACCUUGACAAUGCCAGCAGUAUAGCACCAUCAGAUACAGACGUUCACACACACUACAGAGGUUUCCGAUCUGGUUACUAUCCCGAUCGCUCCCGAGAGCGUCCCCACAAACGUCACAGAGAAAGUCCAUCUGGUGGAUUCAAGUCCCGCGAAAGUCCGGGACCAGGGGCACUCAAACUUCAAACAUCAGGACGACUACGAAGUAGUCCUGCUAAUCACUUAGAAGUGCCACAGAUUGCUAGUCAUUCUGCUAGGAGUAGUCCUGCUAAUGUAGCAAUGCGCAAUAGUCCCAUCAAUCAACUCUCACGACAAAGCCCGCAAGUCCGGGCCAGUCCAUUGACUCAUUCUAAUUUACGAGGAACACCUGUUUCAAACAUUCAUCACAGUAGAACAGAAUCAGACCGCAGUCUUGCCAGUCAUCAUAGUAAAAGUUCCACAAGUUCAUCCGUUCCUAGAACAGUGAUACCAAAUGGACAUGCAAAGUCCAGUAGGCACAAGUACCAUAAUUCUAAUUCUCGUCAAGUUAAAGGCCUGACAGUGGAGGAGAUAGAGAAACUGAAUGCCCGUCCGCGACGACCCAGCCCUGUCAGUUUGUUGGAGGCCGUGUCGUCUUCAGAAGAGGGUCGUCAUAUGGCUCAUAUACGAAUGAGCACUAUAAACAGUGACGUGGAGCUGGUUCCUCCCGAGUCCAGCUCCGAGGAUAGUGCUAAUGACUCAUUCACUUGCUCAGAGUUUGAGUAUGAAAAUGAGAAGACUAAAAAUGAAUUUGACCCAAAUGCAAUGAUAUUUUCAAAGGUGUCGGAAGCAGAAAAUGAACACGAGGAUUCCAGUCAUCAAAACAGGACUUCCCAGUCCGAUGGCCUCGAUUCAAAUGGAGGUUCCUUCGCCAGCACGGUGGGGUCAUCAGAAGAGGGUCCUCAUCAUGACCAAAAGUUACUCAACGGUCACUUUGCCUGGGAUUACCUCAUGAACUGGGGUCCCAGCUACGAAAAACUUGUUGGUGUGUUCAAAGACAUUGCUUCACUGCCUGACGGUGAGACGAAUGAAUGUCCGGAAGAUGAGGUAGCAGCAGACUGUGAGGAAUAUGUGUGAUUGUGUGUACAUCUGUGAUUGUAUGUACAUGUGUGAUAUUUUACCUCCUAACAUUCCCUUAUUUAUUGCAGCAAUUUUAAAAUAUGCAACUGCAGAGUUUUUGAAUAAUGAUAUGAAUUUGUAAAUACAUUCAAUGUAUGAUUGAAUCAAGGUUGUACAGAGUGUUUAUCAUUAUUAUUAUUAUAUUUUAUGUUUAUAUUUCUGUUGGUGCAGACUUUUUAUUGUUGUAGAAAAUGCCUUCUGAGUGUGAAGUGUGUGUGUAGUACAUAAGAUCCAUGUUUUGUCUCCAAUAUAUCACUUUAAGUCCCAGGAAAUUGUUAAGGCAAUAUUUUUACUGUUUGACGUAAGUCCUUACAUCCCUAACAUUCCCCAGAGUCUCUGAGACAGUGUCUAUUUUUAUAAAUGGUCAACCAAGUUGACUUCAUCAGAUUGUGAGUGAUAUUGACUUGUGUGCAUUUAUAUAUAUUAUUUUUCAUUCUCUACUUAAUUUUCCAGUCCCUUUCUCAGAAUGA